AUUCCUGGUUGUAAUCUAAUCCUUAAAAACCGCACAAGUGGUAUCCAUGGUGGAGUCGUCCUUUACGUCAACAACAACAUCAAGGCCCUUGCUGACCUUUAUCAUCCCAAUUUUGAGGUGUCAUGGGCUCAUCUCAGGCCGUUUCGUCUGCCUCGGGGGUACCCCUGUAUUGUGUUCGGAACAGUAUAUCACACUCUUCACCCGGAAGGCGCUUCUGACGCUGCAAUGUUCGAAUAUUUGACGACAUCACUAACAACUAUCGAGGGGUUGUACCAUGGUUGCGGCAUUAUUUUGACUGGUGAUUUCAAUCGAUUGAAUAUCAGACGCUUGUUGGGGCACUUCUAACUAAAGCAGCUUGUCCAGGUUCCCACACGUGGCGAACGCACUCUUGAUCUUAUCAUAACAAAUAUGCCAAAACUGUACGACAAAAACCUGGUACAGACCUUCCCUCCCUUCGGAUUGUCAGAUCACAAUGUAGUUCUCCUUCAACCUAAGACACGCCCCCUACGUAACUCAAGUCGGCGUGUUAUAACUCGCAGAGAUACCCGACGGAAUAAUAUUGUGAGGACCGGCAUGGAUGUUAUCAUGCCAUUACAAUCUAUCAACCUCCAUGUUAAUGAUGCACCCUGGGUAACAGCAAGUUUCAAAGAUCUGAUCAAGGCUCGCAACAACGCUUACGUUAGUGGUGAUAGUGAGAACUACAGCCGUCUGCUUAACGAGAUCAAUAGGGAGAGGAAGCUGCUGCGGAAGAGAUUCUUUAACUCAGAGGUUGACAUUCUUAGGAACACCAAACCGAGUCAAUGGUGGAGUGAAGUUAAAAAGAUCGCUGGUAUGACUCCUGCUACGGGUGCUGAUGAUAUUCGACACCAGCUCCAUCAGCGAAGGAUAUUGCGGACCUUAUCAAUUCCGCCCUGCUUGAGCCUAUGCAGGAGUACUGCCCUCUUGAGUCUCUUCCUCCCUUCGAUCCAGACUCAGAAGUUGUUAGCCUGA